CUGUGGAUCCUGUGGGCGGUGCCUCGGGGCGCUGAGGCCGUUCGCUUCUGUGGAAACGGCUGGUGGGAUUCGCGGUGCCUGGGCUUUAGGGGAGAGAUUCGUUGAGAGAAACGUCUCUGUGCGGAGAGAAAAUGAGUUUAGCUCUGAGAAGUGAGUUUGUAGUAGACAAAACAAAGAGGAAGAAAAGAAGAGAACUUUCUGAGGAACAGAGACAGGAGAUUAAAGAUGCUUUUGAAUUAUUUGACACGGACAAAGAUGAUGCGAUCGAUUACCAUGAGCUGAAGGUGGCAAUGAGAGCCUUGGGGUUUGAUGUGAAAAAAGCUGAUGUAUUGAAGAUUCUUAAAGAUUAUGACCGAGAAGCCACUGGGAAAAUCACCUUUGAAGAUUUUAAUGAAGUUGUGACAGACUGGAUAUUGGAAAGAGAUCCACAUGAAGAAAUCCUGAAGGCAUUUAAACUAUUUGAUGAUGAUGAUUCAGGAAAAAUCAGCUUGAGAAAUUUGCGUCGUGUUGCCAGAGAACUGGGUGAAAACAUGAGUGAUGAAGAACUUCGAGCCAUGAUAGAGGAAUUUGAUAAAGAUGGUGAUGGAGAAAUAAACCAAGAGGAGUUCAUUGCUAUUAUGACGGGUGACAUUUAAAGAAUGAUAAGGAUAAACACUUGAAAAUGUUGCAGUCACCAUCUUAAAUACUAUAUCUGUGCCUGGAGCCACUUUUUAAAAACUUGUUUUUCUUUCCCCACCUUUUUUCCCCAAAAGGUCCCAAGAAUAAGCAGUUUUAUAUACCUGUGUGUUUUAUUGCUGUUGAAUUUUGUUAUAUGAACAUUGUUGAUAUGCAAAUAGUUUAGCUUUGUGUUUACAAUAUAGCUUUCAUAAAAAGUUUUGGAAGAUCAAAUCAUGUGGUACCUAUUCUUUGAGAUUUUUAAAUUUGGUAUCAGUCACUUAUUUUGUGAACACAGUUUUCAGCCUUCUAUUAACAAAGUGUUUAUUUUGUUAGUAUUUUAAAACUUGGUUAAUUUUCUGUCCUAUUUUUAAUGUCUAAUGUCUGCUAAUGCCCCGAUUUUAAAAAUCUUUUCUCUCGCUUUUACUGGAUAAUGAAACAAAAAUUGAAAUACAACUGUCAAUAGAGUGGUUCCUUUUUUCACUAAGAUUUAAUCAGUUUGGAUAAUUUAUGUUUCUGUACAAGAUGCCUCUAUGGGUCUAAUUUAUUUUUGUAUGAUUCACAUCUUUCAGUUUGGAAGAAGCGGUGUGAAUGUAGACCUGUGUAUUCUCACACAUCAUGCCCCUUCAUUCCUCUGCUGGCUCUUCCUGGUAGGACAGGUGAAUCUGAAGAGUUCCGUCUUAAACCAAUUGAGUGGAUACAACUGAGAUCAUUUCACUUCUUGAUAGAAUUAAAGACUUAACUUUUGGAAUCUU